UUCUGUUUUUUUAGAGGGCGUUGUUAUAGAAUUUGAACUCAGGGUCUUAUGGUCUCAUGUAGUGGUCUUGCUUAUGGUUGGUUCUCCACCUCUUGAUUCAUCCUUCCAGCCCUUGCUUUUUGUUGGUUAUUUUAGAAAUGGGUUCUAGCAAGCUUUUCUGACUGGCUGGCUAUGAACCAGAGUCCUCUAGAUCCCGGCCUUCUGAGUAAUUCAGAUUAUAGGCAUGUGCCACUAUUGCCAAGCAGAACUGUAGUUAAAAAGUCAAAGUCUCCCUAAGUUUUCUCAACAUUCUAGAGCACUUCCACAUGGCCAGCUUCUGUCAGAGGGACAUCUGGCAGCCCGUGGGGCCGCUAGUUCUCCAGCCACAGUUCCCCUCCCUCGUUUGAUCAUCUCUGUUCAUGUUGCCAACUCUGGAGUCUUGUUUACUGGCUAUCUAAUUUCCUUUCAAAGGUCAAGUUAGUGUUCAAGGCCCAAGCUGGGUGAAGGUUUGUAUGGCUUCAGAAGAAUGAGCUAAUUUGACUUGAGUGGUUGAAGACAGAUUGCUGUGCAGCUAGGUAUGGUGGUCACUGCACAUGGGAUGGAGUGGCUCUGAGUCUUCCUUCCCCAUAUGACACCCUCCAUGCCCAGGGAAUGGCUGUAGGGACCUGCACAGGGACAUGGAAGGCUUCUCCUGUAGAGACAGGCCAGGCUUGCUCCUGAUGGUGGGGUAAAUCACUGUGGUGAUGGAAUCCUGUUGUAGUAGGUGGUCUUCUACCCCUCCCAAGGUUCUCUGUGGAAUUCUAGCCUCCUUUUGCUGGGGUGUCUGAGCUGGGCCAUCCCAGUGUCUCAGCCUGCUAGACCCACAACAUGGAGGCUGGCCUAUUCACGGGUGGGCUCUAAAUUCAGGAGACUGGGAAAUGUUUACCCCGGGAUGUGCUUACUAAAUUCCUCACCAGUAGAUGUAGAAUGUGGCCAGGGGCAGGGUAGUGGGUGUCUGGCUCAGGAGCUGACUCAGCUAUAGAUAGCUCCUUUUCCUGCCCUCUGUGGGCCACAUUCCCAGACUGGUAUUUUGGUUAGUGUGACAGGGCCCCAGAGUCAUCUAACCCUGGCACAUGCCUCUGUCCUGCCCACCUCUAAGAGACAGCUCUCCUAUAAAAGGGCUGAGCAGCUCUGUGCUCUCACUGGGGGUGUGGAGAGUAGGGGGGGACCAUGGACUUCAUCAGCAUUCAGCAGUUGGUAAGUGGAGAAAGAGUUGAAAGGAAAGUGUUGGGGUUUGGACAUGAAGCUCCUGAUCCUGGAGGCUGGCCUAGUGACUGGAGGCUGGGACGCCAAGAGUCCAUGGCCCAGGAGAAGUUGAAAUUGGAAGAAGAGAAGAAGAAGAAACUGGAAAGAUUUAACAGCUCCAGACUAAAUCUGGAGAACCUGAGAGACUUGGAAAACUUGGCUCAAAGACGAAGAGAAAAACGACUGAGACGCAGAGUCCCCCCCAGGAAACCUGAGCCCAUGGUUGAGCCACAGCCACAGGCCCAGCAGGAGCCUGUGGACCUGGAGAUGUUCCUGAAGGCAGCUGCUGAAAAUCAGGAAGCCCUGAUUGACAAGUACCUGACAGAUGGAGGGGACCCUAACGCUCAUGACAAGCUCCACCGCACAGCCUUGCACUGGGCCUGUCUGAAGGGUCACAUCCAACUGGUGAACAAGCUGCUGGCAGCUGGUGCCACUGUGGAUGCUCGGGACUUGCUUGACAGGACACCUGUAUUCUGGGCCUGCCGUGGAGGACACCUGGACAUUCUCAAACAGCUGCUUAACCAGGGAGCCCAGGUUAAUGCACAGGACAAGAUCUGGAGUACCCCCCUUCACGUGGCAGUACGCACCGGCCACUCUGACUGCCUGGAGCACCUCAUUGAGUGUGGAGCCCACCUCAACGCACAGGAUAAGGAGGGGGAUACAGCUCUCCACGAGGCUGUGCGGCAUGGCCACUACAAAGCCAUGAAGCUGCUGCUGCUCUAUGGAGCCAAGCUGGGUGUGCAGAACAUGGCUGCCCUGACUCCAGUGCAGCUGUCACGAGACUGGCAGCGGGGCAUCCGGGAAGCACUGCAGGCCCAUGUUGGGCAUCCCCGCACCCGGUGCUGAUGACUCAGACCUGUGGGAUUCUCACAGCCACCAUUCCAAUCCCUCACUUGCAACUGCAUUUCUGGGUCUCUUGACCCUCAGUCCAGACUCCUCAGGGCUUUGCUCCCUCAGGCCUGAGGCCUCAGUGGGAACUAAGCACACUGGGCACAGCAGGUAGAAAAAGCAGGCCUCACCGGCUUCAGUGCUAGGUGGGGCUGCAUUCCCUGCUAAAGCUAGGACGGAGGACUAGAGGGCAAGGCAGCAGAAAGCAAAGUGGGUCCCAAGGAGGGUCAGGGGAUCGAGUGAGAGCCAAAGCCAGAGCAGAAAGUGAGCAGGCCGGUACUACCCAAGGCUGGGUGCUAGACUUCCUUGGUGUCUGCUACCCCUCAGAAGACUAGCCCUGGCCUUCCACAAAAGCCAGUCUUCUGUGGGUGGUGAUUCAGGUGUGACCGACAAUUAUAUCCAGGACCUGAUGGGAGCCAAAGUGGAAGCAGGCCAUGAAGGUGCCAGGCAUUAUGCAGCUGGCCACUGCCCUUAGGAGAGGUUUACCCUGGGAACUCCAUUCCUAUCAACAGCAACCCUGAUAGGUCUGGAGUAGCUCUAGCCAUCUCUGGUCUUCAGGACUCUGAAGGGGGUGCUGGCAGGCUGUGAGGGCACAUCAGCAGGUUUGAGGCCCCACAGAGAAGUCAGUACUUACUGGGUUGCCUCAGAAGCCUGAGCUAGAGCUUAUUUAGGAGAGACCUGUGCUCACUCUGUAAGGGUUGGUAAGGCCAGCCUGCCACACUUUUAUUGGCUGGCUGGCGCCUCUCCUUUGAGGGGUUUGAGUGCCUGGGUGCUAGGGACUGCUUGUGGCCCACUCAACUCUUGAGGCGGUGGCCCGCAACCCUAUUUUGCUCAAGGCUUCAGUGUCCUCUACUACUGGAGAUGUUUUGGCCUGGCCCCUGUAUGCCACUCUGCACACUGAGCAACUCGGGACUUGGCCUAUGGGGGUCACAGGGAAAGUGAGUAGUACGCCGCUCCCCUCCCUCAUCUGCUAACUGGUGGUGUACCAGCUCCCUUCUGGCUCCUCUCCCCUUGCUCUUUCACUGGCAGAGACCUGUACUGCUGGCGGAGCCGGCUCCUUAAAUGCCAGAAAGCUGAUCUGAAAGAGCUCUACUCCCAACUGACCACAGGCUGACAGGAUUAAAAAGAUGAAGGCUUUGUUUCCCUCACACGAUCCUGGGUUACCUAGGUACCUGGGUUGGCAUCUAAUUUACAGCAGUUAAUUUUUAAUCUAACUUUGACAGCCUUCUCAGGCUAAGAACAAGGUUACCUUUACUAUGUGAAAAAGAAGCGACUAGUGCUCCAUACCCAGGGGCCACACACACCUUCCACAGGCAGUGACCUGUGGUGACACAGCCAGUGUGCACCCAGACUCUGGUGCCAUAGGCAAAACAGGCAUUCAGGACUAAGGGCCUUACCUAGAAAAUGAGGAUAUUUAUGUAUCAGACAAAAACACUUUUUUUAUGUGGAGAGGUACUUUUUUCUCAUUAAACUGAUUAUUCCUCACA